GUCAGUAGCUUCCUGGUUUGACAAGUGACUAGGCUGGGUGAUAGUUGAUCAGCGAGUAAUUGGCAGCAUAUACCUCAUCGGGCGUCCAAGGUGUUGACAUAGAUUUACAUCAAACCAAGUUUGCUUUCUAUCUGAUAACACAUGUUUCCGAUUUCCGGAGAGUCUUCCCAUACCAUUAUAAGCUAAAAGAAGUGUGGUUUUAAAUGUCCCAAUAAGACUAUGACAAUUACCUAAACCUGUGUGGAGAAUGCCUGGAGCAACACAAAGAAAAACAAGGAAGAGAAUGAAGCCUUAUGAAAAUGGCGCAGAUCAGUCGGAAAGUACAAGCUCUAAAAGAAAAGAAACUGCUGAGAAUGAUGAAAGGUCUAAAAGAAAAGAUACUGCUGAGAAUGAUGAAAGAAUAAAGAUUUGCAGUGGUGUAUUGACAAGAAAGACAAUACCUGCUAUAAGUGUUACACCUCUUAUAGGAAAUAAUAGUCAAAAUCUUGUUCAUCAUAUGCAUAAUACAUCACUUGGUAGACGGCCGCAGAAUACAAUGAGGAAGAGUUUGUGUCAGCCAUUUGUUCGUAUUCUCUCCAACGCAAAAGUAUACAGGACAGCGAGUCCAUUUGAUAGGAGGGUCACUGCGAUUGAGUGGCACCCUACGCAUCCCACUGUUUUAGCCAUUGGUUCUAAAGGUGGUGAUAUGAUACUAUGGGACUAUGAAAGAACAGACAAACAGGAAUUCAUCUCAGGGAUUGGCAAAGGAGGUUCUAUUACAAGUUUGAAGUUCAAUGUUGACAAUCUCAAUACUGUCUAUACAUCCAGUGUGUCAGGUAAAAUCAGCUUACAGGAUUUCACUGGAAGACAACCAAAAAUACUAUAUGAAUCAAGUGACUGGACUCGUUAUUGGUAUUGUGCACUUGACGUGUCAUUUACGGCUGGUCUGGUAACCGUUGGCGACAGCGUAGGCAAUACUAUAUUGCUUAGCCAGGAAGGUAAAGUGCUGUGGAAGCAUAAACUUCAUAAACAGAAAGUCACCCACUGUGAAUUCAAUCCCCAAUGUGAUUGGCUGGUGGCGACAUCAUCAGUUGACAAGACGGUGAAAUUAUGGGAUGUACGUAUGGUGAAGGGUACAGAGAGUGCAUUACAUGUAUUGAAUCAUGACAAACCAGUAAACUCAGUUGUUGGAAGAUAUCCAGAUCAGAAUUUUCCUGGUUACGUGGCCAAUGAGUCUCGUAGUAUUGAUGUAAUUGAUGUAAAUACAGGGGAUAUUGUUUGUCAAAUUAAAGACUCAAAAGCUCCAGGAUUAAUAUCACGUCCAAACGGCGCUAUGUUAUUAGUUCCUGUUCAGACGUAG